GCCGGACAUCAUCAUCAUCAAGACACCGAUUGGCAAGUCUACUUCCAAUGCCGAGAAGCUUAAGAUGUACAUGUAUGCAUUUCCAUUAUUUCGGUCGAGACCAUGUAUCCCCUUACCGGGGAACCUUCUGGUUCGGAGCUGAAUGGCCACAGUCACACCAUAUUGCUCGAUGUUUCAACCGCCUUGAUACCUUUCCUGAUUUCCACGAGGUUUUAUUUGCAUGACAAAAUUCAUGCAUACUUGGAUGUUUUUGCGACUGCUUUGAUCUGGUAUGACUACUUCCUCACUCUUGAUGACGAGAUACAACUUUUCUGGGGUCAUCGCUUGACGUGGACAAAUACACUAUUUUUCAUCAACAGGUAUAUGGUAUUACUCACGCAGACAUUCAACAUGUAUCCUCGAGUGGCUUCCCAUGUUACUUUCGAAAAGAUGCAGUUGUGCGUUGUUCUAGUAUUCAGUGGAAAAUCUUCUGACAUCGGUGUCGGCAUUCUUCGUACAUUCAGCUGCGAGAUCGCAAUCGGUUUCAUCUUAACCGGCUCGAGUAUUUUACAGCAGUUGGUGGUGGAUGCAAUUAUCUGUCUGCGUAUCUACGCACUCUAUGGAGAGCGUAAAAGAGUGCUGUAUUUUCUAGCUACUCUACUGGCAGUUUGUACAGCAUCCUCCAUCGCCGUCGUUGCUGCGGUUGGCCUUCACACUAAGGGUACUACAACCGCUAUUCCUGGUAUCAGUGCUUGCACGGUGGAGACGACAUAUCACCUGCUAUGGCUCUUCUGGAUCCCAACUUUGAUUUACGAGUCGACGGCGUUCUUCAUGGUCAUUCACAAAGCAUACCGAUAUCUGAAAGACCGCCGUUCCCUUGUCGAUGUGUCGAUCAAUUCGGACUCCAACAUCAUUGCUGUCUUGUAUAGAGAUUCACUUCUCUAUUUUGCCGGGAUUUUCGUACUCUACGUUACUACGUGUGUUGUAUUUUCCAAUCCGGACCCAAGCAUCUCAGGACUUAUGGAUGGCCCCACCCUGGCCCUCAUCUCCAUCAUGGGUGGCCGAGUGCUAUUCGACUUGCGCUCGGAGGGCGAAGAACCGGCAAGCUCAGCUGUCGACAACGUCACCACUGUGGAAUUCGCCAAUGGCGAUGCCGCAGUCAGAUCGGCCGAUGAAAUGGAAAUGGAAACGAGUCAAUAUAUCCGAGAAAUGUAGCAUCUAUCCUUCAAUAGUGGAGGCCUCAAAAUUUGGCGUGCACCUCUGUAUGCUUCUGCAUCAUAUUCCUGGGAUAUACAAGAGUCAAACAAUCAGUAGCCUGUUUACAUACACUGCCUCGACGUAAUAUUAAUUGCUGCUGUAAACUCAUGAAGACAAAUCAAUUAUUUGCUCUAUG